AUGACAUUGAGUAAUUGCGAGUCGCUGGACAACCUCUUUCACGACCUGCCAGAAGAAGAGGAAAAUAGUAAGUUCAUCGAAGGCGUCAGAAUUUUGAUGAGCAGAAACGAUAUGGGUUAUCCCUCCGCCACCACGAAUGGUACGUACUGUUUGGGAAAGGUUAAGUCUUUGAAUUCCAAGCAGUGGAAAAUAAACAAGAAACAAAAAUACACUCCAUCGGCGGGCAAGAAGAAGAACUUCGAUUUCCACGAACAAAGAAGCUUGAUCUUGAAUUUAAAUUUAUGGAAAUUCAUUAAAUUCAUCAACUGUAACGGUAAAAACAACUAUAAUAAGAAUAACAAACAUGCGACACACCUGAGCAAGACUCUAAAUAACGACAAUGUUUUACCGCUACAGAAGUCCAAGAGUUUGGACAACGAUCAAAGAUUGGAGAACCUUUUUUGGAGAAGCUGGUUCAAAGCACACAAAAAAAAAGAUAUGUCAAGCCGCCAACGAGAAAGGCAUAUCAAAUUUAACGAUAACGUGGAACAAUGCAUAAUCACCGAUGAUCACUUCAUACAAAGGCUACCUUCUGCACAACUGAAUCCGGCGGAUGACCAGAGUCCUUGUCCACAAUUUGAACUUAAUUCCAGUCCCGGCUACACCAUGAGCAAGCGAGUUUUCUACGACUACAGCUGCGUCUACUUUACCAACGAUGCUACUGCUUCUACUGCCACUACUACCGCAGCUGUCACCGCCAUGAUCACCAGCAGCACCGGCGACCACCAGCAUAGGCACGAUAUUCGCGACGUUCCGAAGAAUGUCUUGCCACGAGAUGGAGAAGCAGAUUUAGGCAGCGUACUUCGGGUCGACUCUAAUUUCAAGCUAUCCAAUAUAGGCCAUCAUUCCCCCGCAACCUCUUCGUCGACUUCAAGCCAUUCAACGUUCAUUUUCGAGUCCGAAACAGACUCAGACUCAGACACAGACUCAGACACUACCAUGCCCUCAGAGCUCUUAUAA